AUGGAGAUGCUUUGCUGUCCCCCGUGUCAUGUCAACAAGCUUCCCCGACUCAGACCCCAGAUUGACUUGGGCAGACAGCACCAGGAUGCACAGCUACGAAGCUCCUUGAGUGAGCAUGGUAUGAAAGGGGUUGCCUCGCCUCGUUUCGUCGUUAUCAAUGCGUUUGCUCCUCACGACCCCGGCUGGGAAAGGAGAGAGGGAGUGUUUGGAUCGCACUUUUCGUCGUGGCCUCUGAGUCGUACCACUCGACACAUCGACGACAGCUCGUGUGCUGCUGUUUUGAAUUGUGCGGACUUUAAUCUUUGUUUUGAAGAUCGUCGCUAUCUUGUUUCAUCUUUUCGCAUCUGCCGGGAACGAUAUACUACCACGAGGAGAGAGAUCCACCGACGCUCUGAAACGAAGCUACAAGAAGAAAACAACCACGAAGGGAAACCUGGCUGCUGCUGCUGCUGCUGCUGCGCCGUGUCUGAACAGAUGUACAUCCAAAAGCGAGGACCCGACAGUGGUCCACCCGGCCUCGACACACACGCCCAAAUCGCCAUCGGCGUCAUAAUUCCCGUCAUAGUCCUACUCGGCGGCCUCCUCCUCUUCAUAUGGUACACGGAGAAGCAACGACGCAAUCGCCGAGGCGAGACGCUACCAGGAUCAUCAUCACACGCACCUUCGCGGCCCAAGAUCAACAGCUAUCUGCAUCGCAGCAGCAAGGCGUUGCCGGGGAUUCGAACUUCGCAGAUCGAUGUCGAUGCCAUUGAGAUUGUGCGUCCGCGGGCGAGCGAUGCGAAGAUGCAUGAGCUGGAGGAUACGGGCAAGGUUGAAUUGCAGGAAAUGCAGAAGACGCUGAAUCGAUUGAAUAAUCGGCUCAACCGCGAUGAUGAUCGGGAGCGGACGACUUCGCCACGGAAUGUCAAUGAACGAAAUGACAGCGCCAUCGAAGCAGCCGCCGCUCGUCUCGAGAGCCGCGAUACAGAUCGCAGUCGAGAAGGCCCCGAGCGAAAAGAACUCGACACGACGAAGAUGGAGCACGUCGUGCAGACGCCUCAUGAAUCGAAACGCUACUCCAACCGCGAGUAUCGCUCCUCCCUGCAGCCCGAGUACCGCUCGAGCCUCAAACCCGGCAUGUCCAAACGCGACACCCGCGUGGCGUCGAGUCGGUACAGCAAAGAAGUGCGAUACUCCAAGGACGUCGAGGCGCGCUUCAGCAAGGACGCCGCGGCGCGCUACAGCGCCAACGUCGAACAACUGCGCGACCUGCACCACAACAGCAUGCACGCCAACGGCGGCACGACGACCCCCGGCGGAGGGAGGAUGUCUCUUCACAGCGGCUUCAACCACACCUCCCUGCACGCCCGCGACCGCAACCGCGACUCGAACAUCCUCUCGCCGAGCAAGGAAUCCCUCGACCAACAGUCCCAACCCCAGCAAGCACACUUCACCUUCACGACCCACCGCCUCAGCACCGCCACCUCGAACCCCAACAUGGCCCUCCCGCCGCUCAGCAGCGACCCCUCCCCGGACUCCCCCACGGUCAGCGACAUCUCGCGCCCGACGAACCGCAACUCGGCGUUGAGUGGCGUGCCGCCGGAUCGCAGCAGCCAGCGGUGGAGUGGGAUUCCCGGGGAGAUGCCGAGUUGGAUGAAGAGGUUGAGUGUGCAGGAUACGGUUGAGGGGAAGUGGAGGAGUGAGGGGGAGAUUGUGCCGCCGGAGAAUGUGAGGGUUAAUGGUGGAGUAAAUGGGGGAGGAGGGGAGGGAGGUGUGGGUGUGGGAGUGCAAGCUCACAUUUUACUUUCACAACCCUUUCCAUCGUCCCUUCUCCCUCGUCUCAUCCCAACCAAAACUAACCCCCCUCUCUCCACAGGCCCCACUACCUCCCCCCUAACCCCCAACCCGCACCUCUCAACAGAAAACACCAAACUCCUCCUCCUCUCCGCCGCAGAACACUGCCGCAGCGGCCGCCCCACAUCUCAAGAACGCCGGAAUCGUCGUCGAGGGGGAAGGAUCGUAAGGGAUGUUUCGCCGGGGACGGCGCUUGGAGGGGAGGAGAAAGAUGAGGAGGUGGAGGAGGGGGGAAAUGAUGGGAAGGGGAGGGGGGAUUGA